UUUAAAAUCGCGGCACCCGGUCCAAUAUGGCAGCGCUCUUCAGCGUUUUUCGUGUCUAUCUGGAAUGAACGUUAAUUGCAAAAUGCACUAUGGGCGAGUGCGUUGAUGUCAAUUUCCUUUCGUUAAUAUAUGAAAUUAUAAGGAGUAUUGAAAAGGACUCUCAUGAUGUUGCGCAGAAGCUGGCAGAGCUGAGCCGGCUAUUUGAGCUGUGUAGACAUCAAAUUGCGAAGUUGCCGGGAAUCGAACUGAGUAAGGCAGAACAACAGCAGCAGAUUGAUGUUCUCAGAAAACAGGUUGUUCUGAAGAACGAACUAUUACAGAAAUAUAAGACUUUGUGUCAUUUCGAGGCCAUGCAUGGCAACGAACAGCAUCACUAAAUUGCUUAUUUGCGAUCCACGCAGUGAUAUCGCGUUCACUGUGUCAUUUGUACUUCAACUACUUGUGAUUUGUACGUCACUACGUGCACAUCUGUUCCUACUACUAGCGUGCAAGCAUAGCCAAAAAAUGCGAGAUGGCAUUUUCCCAGUACAGAAAAUUUGUGCGGCUGCUAGAAAUGUGGCCAGUUGACAAUAGCAAGUUUAGCCGUGACCUUGGACAGCAUAUUCGCAACAAAGUCGCAGAAACAUUUCGUGAAGGUGAAACGACGAAAAUCGCCAACGCCGUAGAGUGCGACAAAUAUUACGACGCGUUAAUGACUCUUGC